UCUUCUCACACGACCGUCAAGGUCAUAUGACGGACCAAAGGUCACAGCAAUGCUAUGGAAGAGACGAAGGAGUUCGGUACUCUCGCUAAAGCUCUCUGUGCAAGUUUUGUUCCGCGCGGACAGGUGCCUCAAAGUAUCUACUAACUAUUCAAGAGUCCUUUCUUCGAGUUGAGUUUUUCGAGUCAACAUAGAAGUUUUUGGGAAAGUACGAUAGACUAUUAUCUUUGACUGCAGGCCUCAGAGAAGAUCGAGCACGCACGUGGACCGCACUUCCCAAUUGCACCAUUCAACCAUCAAGGUAUCGCCGAAUUGGCGUUCUCCCCACCAUCAUGUUUCCAUCAAGUCCGUACAUUCUUGGACACUUACUCUUUGUGACUCUGCUAUAGUCACUCACAUCUUAUUAUCCUCUCCACCAUGACUUCGAUUGCGAAAGGCCCAUCAUUACUACUUUCUCUACCUCCCGAGCUCAUGCUCAACUCCCUCGCUCGAAUCGACUAUACGCCUGGUUGCCUCGAUCACCUCCGCAUUGUGUGCCACAGGCUUGAAGGACUCUUACGGCAAUACGAGCACAGUCUAGCAGUCGAGAUCAUUCGCCUGCAAUUUCCAUCGAAUGUUCUAUCAAGGUAUCCUGGUCUCCAUGACCCAGGCACAAGCAUAGGAUUCAAGACGCUCGACGAAAUCUGUAUACGGGCGUACACGUUGUUCCGCAUAGAGCGAAACUCCCACAACAUUCGAAGACGCGAGGGUAAAGAAGCAGCUUGGAUGAGGCCUGAAUGGGUCAAUCUACAACAAGUAGGAAUGCACCUACUCUAUCGCCUUUUUGAUGCUGGUGAUCACAAGAACAAAUCCCAGAUCAUACGAUUAUUGCCUCCUACUUCACUCGCCAUCCUUCUUUUGACACUUCACCUUUGCAUACACCAACUCCGCUCUGAUGGCCCGAGUCUCCUCAUCCCUACAUCACCUCUGCUGCACGGAAUGCUACGCUUUGAGGUUGAGAUGUGUUGUCAAGAACUUAUACUUCAACACGGUCCCUGUUUUCUGGAUGCAUUACUCUGCCAUUGUCCACAGGCUAUCGCACUUUUAAGUCAGGAGGUCAAGAACUUGGAAGCCAGACAACUGCCCUCAGCCGACGGAAAGCCGAGCGAAAAGACUUUGAUUGCAGAGUGUAGAUGCAGAUUAGCAGACACACUAGGAACAGAUGUCGACAACAAUAGAAGAGACAUGUGGCAUAUACUCGAGAGAAUAGGAAUGUUGAACGAAAAAGACAUUGUCAAAGUCAUCAGAGGAGAAGAACUGGUAAUCAGAAAACGACAAGACUCUGGUGUUGGGUUGUAAAAAGCUGCACUUUCCUUAGGAGGGAAUAAAAGCAAGGACAAAGUAGACCGAACACAUGGAAACAAAUCGCUUCUAUUCUUAUCAGUCUAUCAUCAUGUUACAUCCUCUCUAACCAGCGCAUCCACCUCCACACCGCAUCCCCAUUAGACCUGGAAAAAAAAAAGCCACAGCACAUGGACAG